AAAAUUAGCUACUUCGCCAUUUUUGAAGCUGUGCCGCCAGGGUCAAGGCAUAUGGUACUCAUUGGUUAAGCUCGGCUGAUAUUUAUACUACUGGUACUGCACUCAUUGAUUGAUUGAUCUCGGUCUCACGAGAAUCUACCAAUAAGUGAAGACCAGUUUCUAGGUGACACCGUAAUUUUCUACAAGUUAUCAUCACAAACAAGGGUUUUGACUUGAAGUUGUGAAGGGUUUUGGGGUUCUUCAAGAAAGAUGGGUUCCCCAUCAAUCAAUCCUCUCACAGUCUAUUCCAAAACAGAAUUUCUGAAUCACAGAUACUUGGUAAAACCUGUCUUUCUCACUGAAUCCCAUAGAAUCCCAUCAAUCAUUCAAAUAACCAUUCCUCAAAAAUCACUCUUUUUUCAUUCCAAAACCCACCUUCAGUGUCUAUCUAACUCGCUUCGAUCUCCAAAACCAGUUACAGAUUCAAUCAAGGAUAAAUGUUUGUCAAAAACCCAGAUAGAUUUUAUCAAACCCUUUACUGAGAAGAUGGCAAUUUUGAUUUUUGGGUCUCUUCUCUUUAUGGGUAAGUUUUACUGUAAACCAGCUCUGGCAGGAAUAUCUAAAACAAAUACUAGUUCUGAAGUGGAGGAAAUGAGUGAAACGACUGAUAGUGAAGAGAUGUAUCUGAAGAUAUUGGAGAAAAAUCCAAGAAAUGUUGAAGCUUUGAAAGUGAUUUUGUAUGGAAAAAUGAGGAUUGGGAAAACAAAAGAGGCUGUUAAGUAUAUUGAAAUGUUGAUAGAAACUGAACCAGAUGAGGUGGAAUGGAGACUUCUUCAAGCUCUUAGUUAUGAAAUGUUAGGUGAUUUAAGUAAGGCCAAGAGAUUGUUUCAAGAUAUCUUGGUGGAUAGACCUCUUUUACUUAGAGCACUUCAUGGUUUGGCAAUGGUGAUGCACAAAAACCAUGAAGAUGAGGCGCUGUUUGAGAUGCUGAGUAAAGCUUUGGAAGUUGCUCGUAACGAAAAUAGAGUCACUGAGGAGCGCAAUAUAAGAAUUCUGAUUGCACAGAUGAAUGUAGUAAAGGGUAACCUGGAGGAAGGUUUAAGGAAAUUUCAAGAUCUAGUUGACGAUAACCCCCGAGAUUUUAGGCCUUAUCUUUGUCAGGGUAUCAUCUACAGCCUACUAGAUAAAGCAAAGGAAGCAGAAGAACAAUUUAAGAUUUAUCGAAGCCUUAUACCCGAUGAAUUUCCCCAGAGAGGGUUCCUUGUCGAUGUUGUACUGGCAGCAAAAACAGAAUCACAUGAUCAACUUAAAAAAGAGUUUGAAGCUCAAUUUUCUUACAGAAAGUGAAAGUAUCUGCUAGGAGUACAACAACGGAAAAGUUUAAGAAAGAACAAGUUAAGUGUCAUUAAUAAGGGGUAUUAACAGUGGUUCAAAUUCCAGCAAUAUCAGAGUUGGUAAUCUCAACUCCUCAUUCUCCAUUUCAGAUGGUGCAUAGGGUCCAAGGAUGAGUUCCAAAUGUGACAAGGUCAUAAUGAGUUACAUUUUUCUCUUUUAAGUUCCAAAUGUGACAAGAAUAUGUAAGCACAUUACUGUCUGAGUUAUUCAGUUUCGAUAAAACCCCUAUGUAACAGCACUUGUGUCAUUAGAAGUGGAGAAGCAAUUCAGUGUUGACGCGA